AUGGCUACCACUACUACACGAAUUAUAACCCUCGAGGAAUUAGCCGAACACAAAGAAGGUCAUAAAGAUCCUUGGAUUUGUAUUGAUGGUAAAGUAUACUCGAUAGCCGAAUAUAAAGAUGAGCAUCCAGGUGGAGAGGAUGUGUUAUUUGAGGUUGCUGGAAAGGAUGGCACUGAAGAAUUCAAUAAAGUUGGACACGGAAGAGAUGCCUUCUCUCGAAUGAAGGAUUUACUAGUGGGAGAAUUGAAGCUGUAA